UAUUUCAAGACCGUUGACAUACAAAUAACUUCACACAUCCAUGGACAUGCCACCCUCAUCUCCUAUGCUUCCGAAGCCACGCAUGGGCUGCGAAGACGAUGCCCAGCUCUAUAGCAACUACCUCGUACUUGAUCCUAAACAAGCAGGCUUCCUCGACCUCGCUCGCCUCCUGUUCUCCGCGUCCGAGAGAACAUACAUCCAAUGCCCGGAUACCUCCAAGGAGCUCAGGGAGUUCGGGCGUAGAUGGGUCAUCUUCAUCUCCAUCGUCGUUCAGAAACUCCUGCACCUGUUCAAGGGAAUGUUGGGAUGGCUCGGAAACGCUUUGGAGUUCUGCCUCAAUCUGCCGUCGACCAACGGAGGAUUUCUCAAGCUCAUCACCAAUUCUCUCAAAGGAAACGUGGGGUGGCCAACUAGAGGCUCGCCUACUUUUGCAUCGGUGGUUGGGAAUUUGGACCAAAGAGUGGACCUUGACGACCAGCUCAAGCAUGGAGACGCGGGGUAUAAUGCGUAUUUGUCCAUGAUGGCCGCUAAGCUGUCGUACGAGAAUGAUUCUUUUGUCGAAACCACCAUCAGAGAUCGUUGGAAGAUGGAACCCUUGCUGAGGUCGGACUUUUGGAACGAUUACCAAGAGCAACCCUCAACUCGAGCCAUUGUGUUCAAAGAUGGAGACCUGAUUGUGGUGGCAUUUAGGGGUACCCCCCCUUUCGAUGCGGAUGCAUGGUGCACCGACGUCGAUCUCUCCUGGUACGAGCUUGAGCUCGAAGGAGAAGCGGGGCCGGAGACGGUGAGCAUCCACAGCGGCUUCAUGAAAGCGUUGGGCCUACAAAAGGGCAGAGGAUGGCCCGAGGCACCCAAGGAAGGCAAGCCCUACGCUUAUUAUAAGAUAAAGGAAAUCCUAGGGGAGCAAUUAAAGGAGGAAGGGACAAAGUUCAUAGUGACAGGGCAUAGCUUGGGAGGGGCGCUCGCCAUACUCUUCGUGGGAGUGUUGGGCAAGCACCAGGAGGAUUCGAUCUUGGAGAGGUUGGAAGGAGUGUACACGUUUGGGCAACCAAGGGUUGGGGAUGAGAGGUUUGGGGAGUACAUGAAGAGGAAAAUUCAUCGCGAGAUGAAUGUUUUCCAAUACUAUAGGUAUGUCUAUUCGAGCGACCUUGUUCCUAGGCUGCCUCGCGAUGGCAAUGUCUUUGGGUUCAAGCACUUUGGUCCUUGCCUCUACUUCAACAGCUUGUACAAGGGGAAGGUGUUAGGUGAGGCGCCAAACAAAAACAGCUCGUCGUUGUUAUGGUUCAUACCAAACAUCAUGAUCGCGAUUUGGGAGCUGGUUAGGGGCUUCAUCAUACCGUGCCUGAAAGGCCCAUCAUACCGAGAGAGCCUGUUCUUGAUACUGUUUAGGAUGGUUGGCAUAGCGAUUCCAGGAUUGUCUGCUCAUUCUCCUCAAGAUUAUGUCAAUUUGACUCGACUCGGCUCCUUAUCCUCCCAUGAAGUAAGCUAGAUCCAAUCAAUCAGGGCUGCGGCCUAUGUACCGAUGCAAUCCUACAUGGAUAACUCUCAAGGUCAUGUCUGUCUAAGAGGGCCAAGUGAUGGGCCUUUGAGACAAACCUAGUUACUUGUAGUGUAUGCUAUUGAAGAAUUCUGUAUGGAUAGAUUGAGAGAGAAUAAAACCGUAAACGCUUGAAGAAACCGUUGGGGUUUGUGAUAUUGCUAAGUGGUAUAGAGUCUAUAUCUGUCACUACUUUGGACCAUAUUACAGUGCAAAAGCGAAGUUGAUUU